AUGCUACUUAAUCCCCGGUCGGCCCUCGCUGGUCCAUCCCUUCCACUUCCACUUCACGCGCCCAAACAACGUACUAUGACCGUCUCGUCCAAGCCGGUGGUGCAUCUCUUUCCGCAUUCAUCGUGGUGUGCGUGUGUCAGGAUAACGAUAUUCGAACUGGGUUUAUCGGACUUGAUCGACAUACACACCGUGGACUUCCUGCGCGCUGAGAAUCUGACACCGGACUUCAUCACAAUGAGCUCAAACGCCACCGUACCCGUACUCUCUACUUCGGAAGGAGUGUACGGCGACUCAGUUUCUACGAUCGAAUACCUCAUUGCGCUCCACACAUCGCGCCAUGGUAGACGCAUCGCGCGAAGGACAGGCCUCGUUGAGGAGCUGCACGCCGAGGCCGUCGACUCCAAGUUCAUGACGUUCUCCGCUUGUAGCGACACAGAACUGUCAGCGAAAGCAUCUAGCCCCCUGCCACGGGGUCUAGUAUCACGACAAGAAUGGACACGAAAGUACGCCAACUCCCAAGCCGGGAUCCCGUUUGCUGCACGAUACGAGGCCAAAAUGGCACACGUCGAUCGUCUGAUCUCACUCUACGCCGGGACUGCCCCGCCAGCGGCGCGGCACGACUUCUUCGCAAAGAGCCGCGCCAACCGCACCGCCGCCCGAGCACUCAUAUACACCCGGCUUUCCGCCGCACUACGCCUCACUCCCGGUCCAUUUCUUGCCGGUGCCGCUCCAGGAGAAGACGAUCUACACCUAAUUGGCUGGCUUACGCAUGUUGCAUUCUGUUCGGGUGCACGCAGGCCGGAGGAUGCAUUGCGAUCUUUGCAGAUGAUGUUCGGCGAAGAACCGCCCGCUCAUGUCAGCAUGUUGUGGAACGCUUGGAUACGGCGGGAAAGCUUCGGAAAAGUGUAUGAAGCAGGCCUCUACUGA